AUGAGCAGCAGCAGCACCGCGCCGAGGUCUGCAGUCAAGCGAUUCGCCUGUGACCGGUGCCGCGAUCUCAAGCUUCGCUGCCCGAGGGAGCUUCCCACCGAUGAGUCUUGUGCUCGAUGCGUGCGAGCAUGCGCCGUCUGUGUUACCAGCAACACCAGGCCCCUCGGCCGACCCCGUAUCUCCCCUAUUUCCGCUGUCUCCGCCGACACCAACGGCCGAAUCAACAAGACACAUAGACAACAGGCCGCGGCCUCCAGUGUGACGCGGCAGGCCCCUUGGCAGAUUCCCAAGCAGGGUCAGCAACGCCACACCCACGUGACCCUUUCGCCCCCCGGUGGUAGCACCACACCGGGGAUGAUCAACUCACCCGCUUGGCCACGGAGCGCAGGUCCCGACGACUUCUCGGAUCUCUUCGGCUCUGGUUUGGGGCACGGCGAUUUCACGCCGGCUGACGAUGCCCAUUCCAUCUCUUCCGCCCCAGGUUGGACACAGUUCGAUGUAGCUGACCUCCUCGGGCUGCAUAUGCCAGGCGCGGCUCAGGAGCCAGAGCCAGUCACCGUGCAUCCACAGGCUUCCCCGGAGUCUUCUUGCCAGGCUUUUGAAAGCCAGAACCAGCCCCUGUCUAGCCAGGGUAUGCUUAUGGACUUUGAAAGUUUCACCCGCACAUCUCCCGGAGCAAUUCAGCCAACUUCUGGUGUGAACGGCGACAGAGCACAGACGCCUGUGUUCGGAGCUGCGGUCGACCCACGGAUCCGACUCUGCCAACUAAACGAGAGCAUCAUCCAGCAGCUUGGCCGCGUAGAGUCCUCAUCGUGGCGAAUGCCUCUGGUCCAGGGCUCGUGCACGGCCAGGAUGAACGGCACUGAUGGGAACCCCUUGGCGCAGGUUAUGCAGAGCACCUCGGAGAUGGCAGUCAUCCUCCAGCAGUUGUGUGCCUCUCCAAGAGAUCCCGGCAGCAGUCAAAACAGUCUCGAACACUCACCAACCCAGUCUGCCGCGCCCCUCCCAGUACUUGCUACGUCUAUGUCCGGAGCCAGUCUAGCGAAUCAGCAACCGGACACAUCGACCGUCCUGCUCGCGCUAUCAACCUGGCUGGGGCUGAUCCAGCUGUACAACACAUUGUUCACUCACGCUCAUGAGAGCCUCACUGAAAUACCUCGUGAUGCCAUCAUCGCAUUCCGGGGCCCUGUCGACCUGCGAGUGCCAGGAUUAUCCGGCAUACAAGGAGAUCUGUACGUGAAACUCAUGAUCCAAGUGAUUAAGCACCACCUGGAAAAAGUCGAAGUCCUUCUUGGGUUGCCUGAUGAAUUUUGCAUAUGGAGGAGGGAUGGCCCCGCCUCCCCUGGACCUAAUUGCUUGUGGAACCACCAGUUCUCUGGCUUACUUCCAACGGUUAUGAAACAAAUGGCAGACAAUGGAGGGAAGACGGCCCUGAGGUCCUUAGUGGACAAUAUCAGCGCAAUACAAGACAUUCUACAGCCUAGAUGA